AUGUUGGAAACGCUUGUUGAAGGAGAGCCUAAAAUAUCUGGUGAUGACAGUUUGCUUGAAGCAAAAGGAGAAUUGAAACAGCAAUCAAAACCAGAUUUAGUGCUAUUAGUGAAACCCAGUCCUUGCAAUGACAGUGAGCAUCCCCUGGAAUUCACCUACGUGUUUUCGUAUUUUGUACGUCCACAAGGGAAAUUUGAUCCAGAAGAUUAUGCUUUAUAUGUGCAACCAGUGGCUUCGUUUAAUUCCGUGGAGCAGUUCUGGAAUACAUAUUGUUUCUUGAAACGUCCAGCUGAUAUCAAUGAGAAAGUAGAUUUCCAUAUGUUCAAAGAGGGUAUCAAACCUGUUUGGGAAGAUGACGCAAAUCGGAAAGGUGGUAAAUGGAUUCUGCGUUUGAAAAAGGGUUUUUCAUCAAGAAUAUGGGAAAAUUUGAUAUUAGCAAUGAUUGGCGAGCAGUUCCUUGUAGGUGAGGAAAUUUGUGGUGCAGUAUGCUCCAUUCGUAAUCAAGAAGACAUUGUAUCUUUAUGGAAUCGCACAGCAGAUAAUUUGGCAACAACAAACCGUAUUCGUGACACUUUGCGACGGGUUUUAAAUCUACCUCCAAAUGCGAUUUUGGAGUACAAGCGUCAUGAUGAUUGCUUAAAGCAUGGACCAAAGCAGUUAUCGCCAUACAAAUGUGGACUUGCCGAGAAGAUAAAAUGA